AUGAGCGCCAACGCCCAGUGGGACAUCAGCAGGGCGCUGAGGGUGGCCAGGCUCUUCCACCUGGUGUGUGGAGUCCGGGAUGCCUGCGUGACCCCGUUCCUGACCCUCUACCUGCGGCAGCUGGGCCUGGCCGCGCCCUGGGUGGGCAUCCUCAUGGGAACCAAGCACCUCAUCGCUGCCUUCUGGGCUCCCUUCUGUGCCUUCCUGGCCAGAAGCCACCAGAAGCGGAGGGUGCUCAUGACCGCCUCGCUUCUGGGCUCGGCGGGGGCCAGCCUGUUUAUGGUCCUGGUGCCACCCCUGGACAGAGACCCAGGGCACCGCCGGUGUAACGGAAGCCACAGCUUGACUGCCGAGGGCCCACCACCGGGGGUCGCACUAACUGUGACUGUCACCUUGACCUCAGAGCCAGCCUCCAACUCCCCAGCGGGGGUGCUCAGCCUCCCAGGGGCGAGGAGUUCUGGGGUCGCUGGAACCCGUGGCUUCGGAGAAGGGCCUGGGGAAAGUGGCCAAGAACCUUUCAGUUAUCCACCUGGCUCCUCCAUGGGCUCCACCCAAGGAACCAGGAACAGAUCUGGAGUUCUCCUCCAUCCUGACACUCCAGGAGUGACAGGUUCUCCCCGAGAAGGUGCUUUUAGAGUGGUCAGUCCGCCACUCCCUCUGUCUGCUGGGGGCACGGCCCUGGCAAGUCCAGCCAACCAGUCGGCAGCCGAGGGGGACAGCAGGGCCCUCGGCCUCUCCUUGGAAGGGCAGCAGUGGACUUUCAUCCUCUCGCUGGGCUCCACGGUGCUCUGGGAGCUGCUGACAUCCCCUCUGGAGCAGGUGGCUGACGACAGCCUCUACGAAUACCUGGAUUUUGUGGACGCCACUGACCGCUACAGAAGCCUAUGGGUGUGGAGGCUGCUGGGCACAUCAGUCGGCGUGUGCAGCAUUGCGGCCUUGGUGGGGCCGCUGGACUGCUUCCUGGCGACCAGUGGCCCGCGGGGCGUGGUGCACUUCUACGGCUACUCCCUGGUCAGCGCCCUGGCUUUACUGGUGAGCAUCGCCUUUCCCGUCCCCGUCUGCCGGCGGCAGGAGCCCAGCUACAGGACGGUCAAAGCCCUGUCCCUCGUGGUCGGCGACCCCCACCUCACCGUCCUGGCCCUCACCAUCUUCUUGACAGGAGGCGCCACCAGUGCAGUGCAGAACUUCCUGUUCUGGCAGAUGAAAGACCACGGGAGCAGCGAGCUGACCAUGGGUUUCUCGGUGGCCCUGGGCUUGCUGGGGGAAAUUAUGCUUCAUCCUUUCAAAGCUCCGUUGCUUAGGAAGCUGUCCAGGGUAGGCACGCUGGGGCUGGGGCUGGGCUGCCUGGCGGGGCAGCUGCUGUAUUACUCAUUUCUCUGGAGCUGGUGGUCCGUCCUGCCCGCUCAGAUCUUGAGCGCCCUCAGCCACGGGGCUCUGUGGUGGGCAGUCAGUACCUCCAUAGAGCACCUGGCCACUCCUGGAACAGAGAGACCCCUGAGCACCGUGUUCCGAGGCCACGUCUGUGGGAGCGGGGCCAGCCUGGGAAGCUUUGUGGGGGGCUUCGUGGUGAUGCGCUUCAGCCUGCCUGUGCUCUACCAGGCCUGCUGCGUCCUCCUGUUGCUCUGGCUGGCCUUGUUCCUGUCCAUCCAGCCCAGACUGCCCCAGGAGCGGAAAAUCAACUACUCCAAGCUGCUGGCUGUGGAGGCCAGUGACACAAGCGACUCUGAGCCGGGGACUGAACGGGACUGGCUAGUGAAGGCCAUGAGGGAGGAACACUCUGACUGGAGGGGCUGA